AUGCCCGCCCGCAGCAGCAUCGCCCAUGACAAUGCUGUCCUCGCAGUCGGCAGCCUCGACGCUGAAGCUGAGCCACGCUUCGACCAAUGGCUUCGCGAAGCAGCCUCGAACGUGGGCGGAGCAGUAACUCAGCACGAGGCACUGGGCGUUCAGAUUCGCAAGUACUACGAGUCUACUCGUCCACCCAAAUCCGUGCAGUUGGCUCGUGAAGGCCUUGUAGAACGGCUACAGGAGCUCAUCACUGCCCGAUGGCCAGAUGCACACCUCCAAGCUGAGAUCUUCGGUUCCACCUUCACAGAGAUGCAUACAUCCUCCUCGGACAUCGACAUCGUCCUCUUAGACCCCACUCUACCCCUUGGCAAUGCGCAAGCCAAAGACGGACCGCGACCAGAGUGGCAUGACGUCAAAGUCUUGGCAAAGUAUCUUCGCACACACGCAAAGGCAGAGGGUUUCAAGGACGUCCAUGCUAUAGCAAGCGCCUCUGUGCCGAUCGUGAGCUUCAAGAUGGACAAUGUUCCCAGGCUGGCCGGUGUCAAGGUCGACAUUGCCAUCAACAAUCGAUUCGGUAUCGCCAACUCUGAGCUAGUCAAGACCUAUGCCGACCUUCGCCCUGCCCUAGUCCGGCCACUCUGCCUCACCGUCAAGAAGUGGUUGAAGAGCAGAGGACUCAAUGAGCCGGCUCCGCAAGAGGCAAUGCAACAGAGAAGUCUGUCGAGCUACACAAUUGUACUCCUAGUCAUUGCCUACCUUCAGGCCUCGAAUCGGUUGCCCAACCUGCAGGACUCGGAGCUGCUCGGCAGGAUGUGGUCUCGCCCACGAUGGCUCUGGACCAUGCCAGAGAAGUCGAAGAAUCUCACAGAAGUGGACGAUUCCUUCUCCGAAGACGAGUCUGAGGAGGAAGACAGUGAUUGGGAGGAAGUCGUGGUGACUCCAACUCUCAAGACUGGCGUGAGGUACAACGUCGUCUUCUACAACCCUACGGAGCGAUGGACCAAGAAGGGUAGUGUGAGGAAGAUUCAGGAUCCUGGUCAUCUGGGAUGGAUCAGGUCCUUCUACUACCGUAAGCGUCGCUUCCCUCCGGUUCUGGACAAUUGGCUCUACAAUUACGAGGAAGUUCGCAAAUCGAAGGGACUACCCAAAGGAUUGCCCAGGCCCGAAGCCGUGGCAUUGCAUCAAAAGGACUCCCAGCAUGCCAGGGAAGCAGAUGCCGAGCUAGGUAGCUGUCUCGCCGGAUUCAUCGAUUGGUUCCUCGACAAUUGGAGGCCUAGGGUCCACAGUGACAAGCCCUGCUUUGACAUUGCUUCCUCUGAGCGCAGGACGAUCAAUACCCUGAGGGACAUUGAGCUCUGGGAAGCUUGGAGCCGAAGUAAGCCUCGAUACGAAGAGGACAAGCCCAACGUCGACUACACGCAGCCAAUGGACUGGGCUCGCCAUCCUCUGGUCGUACCCGACCCAUUCAUCAAGCAGAGAAAUACGGCUCGAAAUGUCAAAGACGGAGUUGCCCACGACUUGGGCAGAGAGUUCUCAAGAGCGCAAGAGGUACUGCGAUCGACUUCUCCCCCAAGCUUGGGUAAGCUUUUCCAGAGCAUCAGGGACGAGAGACCCUACAUCGUCGAUGGUGGUGCGGACAAUCUGAACCGCCUGCUGGAGAACAUGACCAUCGGGACGACUCCGGCAUCCAGGGCACGCGGUGCGACCAGCACUACUUCAAGUAGGGGAAGAUCGACGACAUCUUCUACUGCGCCAGCUCCUACCCCUGCUCCUCACACUACGAGCGCUCCACGUGGUCGAGGUGGGCGUGGAGGCAGAGGAGGAAGGGGAAGGCAACCCGGAUGA